GAAGCAGCAGCUGUCACGGUCGGUGACAUAGGUAGCGUCUGAACGGCACGUCCACUAGCUGUAUUACCGGCAGUCCUACGGUGCGUCUAUUUAAAGAGAGGGGCAACAUGGCGGCACGCGGCUUAGUCCGACGAGAGUCCAUAGAGACGGAGAUGCAUACAGCCGAAGACAAAAGUAAAACCUUUGUUUACACAAAGAAAAGGGGGUAUGACGUGACCCGCAACCCCCACCUCAACAAGGGCAUGGCCUUCUCCCUGGAGGAGCGCCAGCAGCUGGGGAUCCAUGGCCUGCUGCCUCCCUGCUUCAUCAACCAGGACAUCCAGCUGCUCCAGGUGCAACGCAACUAUGACAUGAAGAAGGACGACCUGGACAGAUACGUGUUUCUGAUGGGGCUCCAGGAUCGCAACGAGAAACUCUUCUACAGGGUGCUCACGUCUGACAUCGAGAAGUACAUGCCUAUCGUGUACACACCCACUGUGGGCCUGGCCUGCCAGCUCUACGGCCUGACAUUCCGGAGACCUAGGGGCCUGUUCAUCACUAUUCAUGACCGCGGCCACAUCGCCAACGUGCUCCAGAGCUGGCCAGAGAAAGACAUCCGGGCCGUGUGCGUGACGGACGGAGAGAGGAUCCUGGGGCUGGGGGACCUGGGCUGCUACGGCAUGGGUAUCCCGGUGGGGAAGCUGGCUCUCUACACGGCCUGUGGGGGCAUGCCACCCAUGCAGUGCCUGCCGGUCAUGCUGGACGUGGGCACAGACAACGAGGAGCUGCUGAAGGACCCUCUGUACAUCGGGCUGAGACACAAGCGAGUGCGGGGCCAGGCCUACGAUGACCUGCUGGACGAGUUCAUGAAGGCUGUGACCGACAGGUACGGCAUGGACUGCCUCAUUCAGUUUGAAGACUUUGCCAAUGUCAACGCAUUCCGUCUGCUCAACAAGUACCGGGACCAGUAUUGCACGUUCAACGACGACAUUCAAGGCACCGCUGCCGUGGCCGUGGCCGGCCUCCUGGCCGCCCUGCGCAUCACCAAGAGCAAGAUGGGCGAUCACACCAUCGUCUUCCAGGGAGCCGGGGAGGCAGCCAUGGGAAUCGCUGACCUCAUCACCAUGGCGAUGGAAAAGGAAGGACUUGCCAAGGAGCUUUGUCUGAAAAAGAUCUGGAUGGUGGACUCCAAGGGGCUCAUUGUGAAGGGACGAGAUAGCCUGACCCAUGAAAAGCUGAGGUUUGCUCAUGAACAUCCCCAAAUGAGGAGACUGGAGGAGGUGGUGAAGGAGCUAAAACCCACGGCCAUCAUCGGUGUGGCGGCGAUCCCAGGGGCCUUCACAGAGCAGAUCAUCAUGGACAUGGCUUCCUUCAACCAACGGCCCAUCAUCUUCGCCCUCAGUAACCCCACCAGUAAAGCGGAGUGCACGGCUGAGCAGUGUUACACCCUCACAGAGGGUCGGGGCAUCUUCGCCAGUGGCAGUCCGUUUGACCCCGUGACCCUGGAGGACGGCAGGAAGUUCUUCCCCGGCCAGGGAAACAACGCCUACGUGUUCCCAGGGGUGGGGCUGGGCGUCACCGCUUGUCUCCUCCGCCACAUCCCCGACGAAGUGUUCCUCAUCACCGCAGAGACCAUCGCUGAGCUGGUGACUGAGAAGGACCUGGCCGAAGGAAGACUCUACCCUCCGCUCAGCUCCAUCAGGGAUGUCUCCCUCAAACUGGCUGUUAAGAUCUUGGAGCAGGGGUAUGCCAACGGCACGGCGACGCUGCGCCCCGAGCCGGCCGACAAGGAGGCGUUCGUCCGCUCGUUGGUCUACGGCACCGAAUACCACGAGUUCUCGGUGGACACCUACCGCUGGCCCGAGCCCGCCAUGGCCUUCCAGAGCUGCAAGCUGUGAACCUGACCCCCAGAUUCACAGCGGAGUGGGGGAGACGAGAGGGAGGGAGGGGGGGACGCAGAGAAGAGAAGAGAAGAGUGAGGGUGGGAGUGGAAGAGGAGGCAGAUGACUGUGUCAUUUAAUACAACUGUGCAAUAUGAUCGCCAUGCUGGAGUUUUCUUGUCUAGCUUUGUGUUUUUGAGGAUCAUUUUAGUGGCCGCUUAUAUAAUGUUGUUGGGAGGAUUAUAGGGGUGAUGAUACAUUUGGUAUGGUUAUAAAAGGUAAAAAAAAAAAAAUCCAUGAUUACCAGCAGUGAUUCGUUUAAUGCUUUUUCAUUUUGCCACGCUGUAACGUUAUUCUCUGCGGCCCCAGUACACAGGUAUGCUGGAAUGGUAUCAUUGAAUCGAAUGGUGAAACUUGGGCAAUAUAUAUCCAAAAGACAGCUUCUCUCGGGGGCUGUGAUGUACUUGAAAUGCAUGAUAUUGCAUAUUAUUUCUGAAAUUGCAUCGGUAGAAUCUUAAUAUUGACAGGGCACAUUCAUUCAUAAUGUCAAGAAACCUUUUUUGAACUGCCAACUAUAAAAUCUUUUAAUAUAGUGAAAUAAACAUUAAAAAAUAUUUUUCUGCUUCAUCACCUUGUGGUUUUUCAUCUGUCCCACAUGAAAGCUAGCGUGGAAAGGCUUGUUCUUUAACUAAAGUUUAUUUGUGUGUAAUUGGUUUUCUUUGUCCCAUACUUUUGGUUGGGUUCCUUUAAUCGGCUGGUUAGCUAGCUAGUUUGUGUUUCCUAUCACUUUGAUGAUGCUAUAAGACCUAACCAGCACAUCGUCAGUCAUUGACUACAGCACGAGAUAAUGAGUUUGGUGCAAUGACAUUAAAAUCAUAUUUCGUUGCAAAAUCGUUCUACAUCUAUGGCAAAAAUGUGCACACUUGAAGAUUCUUCAAUCCACAAGUCCCUUCAAUCAGUUCAUAUUGAUUAUAAGUCCAUACCCGGUCGUCUCCCCUCUUACCUGUGUGUGUUUACCUCAAGGUCAGGGAAGGGUUUGGGGACAAACUCAAAUGCUCUUUAAUUGCUUCCUUAUUUCCACCUUUCUAUAUGUUUAGGCAUAGUACUUUGUGGGCUGCUUAAUGUUUGCUUUGAAUCAUGGUAUUGCUUCUAUCGUGGCCAAGGCUCCACUGAGAUUAGGUUUAUUAAUAAAAGAUGGGGACAGAAAUUUGAGUCUAAAAUUAUUUUUGAAUUGAAC